UGUGUGGUAGAUUCGGUUUGUUUAUAAUAAAAAUCUUGUUUAUUAUUCUUAAUUCUUCAAAGAAAAUUCCAACAUUUCGUCUGCAUUUUCGGUGGAUUAUGUUCAGUGAAUUGGAAAUAAGAAAUUUGUCUCCUCAAAAAGCGUCUGAUAAAAUUUUAAAUGCUAUUGAUAACAGGUCCUGUACAAAACCGACUAGAAAGUUUUGUAUUGUGAAAUAGUGCAUGCGGGCAUUAUCUAAGGACUACUCAUGGGUAUCCCGACGGAAUCUGGAAUGCUUCAGAGCUCUCAGCUCUGGUUUAAGGGAGUGAGAAGUUCGAAAUUUCGGCACGUAUACGGUGAACCUGCGAAAAGAGAGAAAUGCUACGACAACAUUCCGAUCACGAAAAAUGCGCACGAUUCUCAAUUCUGCGCAGUCAAUCCGAAAUUCGUGGCUGUAGUUACGGAAGUGGCCGGUGGAGGAGCUUUCAUCGUUAUCCCAAUCAACUGCACUGGCAGAUUGGAUUUUAAUGCCAGCAAAGUCACUGGCCACUCGGGUCCAAUUUUAGAUAUAAAAUGGAAUCCUUUUAAUGACAAUGUUAUCGCUUCCUGUUCAGAUGAUUGUACGAUAAAAUUGUGGCACAUUCCUGACGAAGGUCUUUCGGUGCACCUAACAGAUUGGUUGGUAGAACUGCAGGGUCACAAACGACGAGUUGGCUACAUAGAAUGGCAUCCUACAGCUGAAAACAUCCUAUUCAGUGCAGGUUUCGACUAUUUGGUUAUUGUUUGGGAUAUAGAAAAAGGCGAAGCCAUAAACGUGAUCGACUGCCAUCACGAUGCCAUACAUUCCAUGUCCUUAAACAGAGACGGCAGCUUGCUGGCUACGACUUGCAAGGAUAAAAAAUUGAGGAUUAUUGAACCAAGAAGUGGCAUUGUUAAAACGGAAGGAAUAUGCCAUGCUGGAUCUAAAGCGAGCAAAGUGGUCUACUUAGGUUCAACUGGUCAACUUUUAACCACCGGCUUCUCAAGACAUUCCGACCGACAAUAUUCAGUUUGGGACGAAUCCGAUCUAUCUCAGCCUCUUUUUACAGACAGUAUUGACAGUUCCUCCGGCGUAGUUUUUCCUUUCUUCGACGCCGACACCAACAUGGUUUACCUCGCAGGAAAAGGAGACGGUAAUAUUAGAUACUACGAAGUGACCGAUGAGGCUCCGUAUGUGCAUUACUUAAGCCAAAUUCUGUCUGGAAAUCCUCAAAGAGGGUUAGGUUUUAUGCCAAAGAGAGGUCUAAGGACUGCCCAGUGUGAAGUUUUUCGAUUUUAUAAGUUACAUGCAACUAAAGGCUUGUGUGAACCGAUCAGUAUGAUCGUACCUCGCAAAAGUGAUCAAUUCCAUGAAGAUUUGUACCCGGAUACGGCAGCUCCUAAGCCGGCGUUGUCAGCUCAGGAAUGGAUCAGGGGCAAGAAUGCCAUGCCCUUGCUCAUAUCCAUGAAAACAGGUGAACAAAACGAACUCAACAUAACCUCUAUAAAACAACGCAACUUGAUCAAGACGGUCGCCGAACCAUCGAAGGUGGAUAACAACAAGAAGAAACUGGCUUUCCUUGCAACGGAGACUAUCAUAGAUUACCGACCGAAGGAUAAUGUCAUUACGGAGAAGAGUAGAAAAACUACGAACAAUCAAACUUUCCAAAAGUUGCAGCAGAAGUUCAGUCAAAUCGAAAUCAACAACCAUAAAGAUGUUCGUCUCAUCAAAGAGGUGAAUAGCUUCGGGGAUAAUAUCAUGACUGAAAACGACUUACGACGAGCAUAUCAAUCUCAAGGCGAAGAAAUUCGCAAAUUGAAGAAACAACUUAUCAAUAGCGAACAAAGAGUCAAAGAACUCGAAGAGCAGCUGAAGAGGUUACUUAAGAAGUAAUUCUACUGAUUUUUUUAACUUAAUUUUAUUUCAUUUUUUAACGGUACAUAUUUUGUUGUAUAUUUUUUAUACAUGUUUUUAUAUCAUUGUUUACAUUUUAAUUUUAGCGGUUAAGUUUAUUCGUCGAGUUACCACGAAGUAUUUUCAAAGUAAUUUUGAUUUUUAUUGAUUAUGAAUUUUGUGAUUUAUGUUUUUACAAAAAGAUAUAGGUUAGUUUUACGAUGUGUAAUGUUUUUUCUACAAAAUCCGUUUCACGUCAUCAAUCACAUGUUCAAAUUUAUGCUUGCACAAAGUUGACUACUCAAGGGACAAAGAAACUUUUUAAAUAACGAAAAUAUACAUACAUAUAUUAAACUCAAGAGACUCUUAUCUGACAAAAUUCCAUUAUUAUAUAAAAUAUAUAAAUUAAAACUACAUUUUUGUGACACUUCUACCCUAAUUUGCUUAUAAUUAACAUGUUUUUGGCAUGUUUCGCCUUACUCUGACUUUUCUUGUUACAUAUACCUUAAUAAGGGAAGAAGUCACAGUGUGGUGAAGUAUAACAAGUGAAAAGUAUAAAAGAAGUGUUCUACGUCAUAACGUUGUUACGUCAGUUGACAUUAUAUGUCAUAUUUUUUAAAUUGAUUAUGUGGAACUGAAUUUGUAAGAAAGAAUAAUAGUUUUUAUAUGUUACUUUUUACCUUUAUUAUCGAAACUCGUCAUACGUUUUACAUCACAAGAAUUUACAAAAGCAACGAUGGAUCAUUGCUCUGUAGUAAAUAAUUUUCAGUUUUAUACAUUGAUAGAUGACACUAGAAGGGUACACAUUUUGGACCCAUUUUUAAUGGGUUCUACACUCGUUAGUUGAAUCAAUGUUUAGGUCACUUUAAGCCUAGCUUAGCUAUAGCUUAUGAAAGUAUUUACGUAUGACAAGAACCAAUUUAUGACUGGUUAUUAUGAUAGCUUAUACUACAGCUUAUAGCUUUAAAAAUGGUGGUACAACACCGACAAAUACUGCUUGUGAGAAUUUUAAAAAGCACCGAUUGACUGUUCGGGUUGAUUUCUUGAGAGAUUAGGUGAUUGACCAAAUAAUAGGUUAUUUAUUUUUUGUAUAAUGUAGAAUAAAGAUGAAAGUAUUUAUAGUUCAAGUGGCACUCUAAUGUUAAAUUUUUCAAACGCAACAGUAUAAAAUUAAAAUUGGAUAUGUAACUUUGAACUAAAAAGAUCGGUGUAAAAAUAAACAGAUGCAAAUAGUUACGACUAAUGAAAGUAGAUAUCCUUAUAAAAAUUGACAUGGAAAAUCGCCAAGGUCCAAAAGACUAGAUUAAGAAUUAAGAUGAAGCUUUGUUGAAUGGACAUCCUAAGUCUUGACGUCACAAAAUUGGGAGGAGCUUAUAAUUGACUCCAAACAAUUUUGUUUAUAAUGUUAAACACUCAUAAGGAAUUUUUAAUUUAUUGUUUACAUGGUUUGUGUGACAAAAUAAGACUUUUCAUUUAGGUAUUUAGUUAAAGAAACGUGUCAAUUAAGAGAUUUUUAUUCGUUUUUGCCCAGGUGAGUUAAUUUAAUGCAAUGAUUAGAACGUAAACAGUUUUGAGGUUAUGUUUAUUUUCAACCACUAAGGAAUAAAAACCACCUGAGCAAAACUAGUAAAAAUCUCUUAAUUAACACGUUUCUUUAACGAAAUACCUAAAUGAAGUCUUAUUUUGCCACACAAAGCACAUACAUGAAAAAUUCCUUAUGACCAUUUAACGUUACAAACAAAAUUGUUUGGAGUCAAUAUAAGCUCCUCCCAAUUUUGUGACAUCAGACUUAGGCUGUCUAUUGCCUUGUGAACAUAGCGUUAGGGUAUCAUCUUGAUAGGAUUCAAUAUUUUUCAUUAUGGAUGUCAUUGAUUAUAACAUGUUUUGUGAAAAGUCGAUCGUAUAAUAUUUUUACAUAUUUUUACUACUGUUAGAUCAAUGUUUGUGCAUUUUAAUAUCAACUAGAUUUUAUUUUUUGAAAUACAUUCUUUAAAUACAGCAUCUAGAACAUAA